UUGAAAUUUAUGAAGAUGGAGUUGGAAAACAGGUUUAAGCCACUUUUCCAAAUUUGGAAUCCAACUCCAAGUUGGAUUUGGAAAUUUUCUAACCAAACACUGAUUUUGAAAUUAAGUGAAAAAUUAUUCCUGAAAUAAGUGAAUAAUUCUCAUGGCCAAACAGCUCCUAAGUGUUCAACAAUUUUAGAUGUGUAUGACAACUGAAUGUGUUGACAGGAUGACGUCAACAGUUUUCGUAGAUUCGCCAUCUGUUGAAGAACCUAGUGGUGGAGCAAAUAUCAAACUGAAAAAAGGUCCUUGGAGUAAAGCAGAAGAUGCGAUUUUAAUGGAUUACGUCGCAAAACAUGGGGCGGGGAAUUGGAGAGAAGUCCAGAAGCAAUCAGGACUUGCUCGCUGUGGGAAAAGUUGCCGUUUGCGGUGGGCAAAUCACCUAAGACCAGAUUUAAAGAAAUGUGCUCUCACUCCAGAGGAAGAGUGUCGAAUAAUUGAACUACACGCUAAGAUGGGAAACAAAUGGUCAAAAAUGGCUGCUGAGUUGCCUGGCCGCUCAGACAAUGAGAUAAAGAACUACUGGAACGCCAAACUAAAGAGACAACGGCGUGCAGGCUUGUCCAUGUACCCUCCAGAAGUUCAUUUCCGGGCGUUUAGUGAGGACAAACAAAACAAGGAACUCGACACAUUGUCUUCUGAAAAUGCACAUCCUGAUCUCUUGCCUAUCAACACUUGUGAGAUUCCAUCUGUGGAAUUAAAAUUUUUUGAACCUAGCCAGCAGUUGUAUCCUCCGGGGCUUCUUGAUAUUGCUCCUAGUAGCUUUCAUACUAUUCCUGCAACUAGCAUGCCAGCUCAGGAUCUUAAUUCUUCCUGCAAUACUCGUUCUGUCCACUCAACAGUUCAUCCGUCCAAGCGAAUACGAGGAUCAGGCUCUGUUCUAAAUGUUAAUAUUGCUGCUAGUAGCUGUCUUGAUAUUCCUGCAACUAGCAUGCUGGAUCAGGGUCUUAAUUCUUCCAGGAAUACUAGUUCGGUCCUCUCAACAAUUCAUCCAUCCAAACAUAUACGAGGUUCAGAAUCUUGUUUCUCUGGUCUAAAUGUUGAUCUUUUUCAAGCUUGUCAUCGAAAUCAAAAUGACUGUUCUUUGGUUGCUCAGUCCUUGGGGUUCUCUUUGUCAUGUCACCCAUCAUUCUUGGGGUUCUCUUCGUCAUGUCACCCAUCAUUCUCGGGUGAAAUUCCUGGCAGCUAUGCCUUUUUAAAUGGCAAGAAGCUGGAGCUCCCUUCACACGAAACUCCGAUGGCAAGUUGGGCACCACUUCCUCCGGUCGAGUCCUUCAAUACCUUGAUUCAGUCUCCUCCAAAUGAGCAUACUGAUUCAGGCAUUCUGUCACCUCGAAACAGUGGUCUAUUGGACGCCGUACUUUAUGGAUCACAAGCAUCCAAAGCUUCAAAGAAUAAUUCACUUCAGGAUACUUACUGUGACUCAAUCUCCCCUUUAGGUCAUUCUUUAGGAUCGGUGUUUAGUGAAUACACCCCUACCAAUUGAGGUUCAUUGGAUGAGCACCAGCCAAUAGCGACAGUUGUUGGAUGCGAGGUUAAGCAAGUGAAGGUUGAUUUCACUCCCACUGAUCGGAAAGAUGAUCUAUCAAGCCACCAUUUGUUUCCGGGACUGAUUGGUCCCACAACAGAAUGGGGUAAGAAACAUAAGGAAUUCAAAUAUGCAUCCGGGGCUGUUCUUUUUUGAUGAUAUUUCCUAACACAAUUUUGGAAAAAAUGUAAUUUCCUUUGUAAACCUCUUCUGUUGUAAUAUUGUCGUCCUUUGUAAACCUCUUCUGUUGUAAACCUUUUCUGUUGCUAGUUACAUUACUUAAACAGUACCUGUUACCGGUGUUUCAGCUGGUUAUACUGUUAUCGCAAACUGGUUUUCACUGUUACUGUUAUUGGAAAAAUAGCCUGGUUUGACGGGCUAAAAGUUCUAAUC